GCGGGGCCAGAGGCAGGGCAGGAACGGGCAGGCGUGCAGCGCCUGGCAGGCGCCGGGAACAGAUCCGCCUGCAGGCUGCUGUUCCCGGUCAUGGCUUCGCGGUGCUGGCGCUGGUGGCACUGGUCGGCGUGGCCUCGGACCCGGCCGCCUCCCACCAGGAGCACCCCGAGCUUCCACCAGCACUUCUCCACCCAGGAGAAGACACCCCAGAUCUGUGUGGUGGGCAGUGGCCCAGCUGGCUUCUACACAGCCCAACACCUGCUAAAGCACCACACCCAGGCCCGUGUGGACAUCUACGAGAAGCAGCUUGUACCUUUUGGCCUGGUGCGCUUUGGCGUCGCGCCUGACCACCCCGAGGUGAAGAAUGUCAUCAACACGUUUACGCAGACAGCCCACUCUGACCGCUGUGCCUUCUGGGGCAACGUGGAGGUGGGCAGGGAUGUGACAGUUCCAGAGCUGCAGGAGGCCUACCACGCCGUGGUGCUGAGCUACGGGGCGGAGGACCACCAGGCCCUGGACAUUCCGGGGGAGGAGCUGCCAGGUGUGUUCUCGGCCCGGGCCUUUGUGGGCUGGUACAACGGGCUUCCUGAGAACCAGGAGCUGGCACCAGACCUGAGCUGUGACACAGCCGUGAUUCUGGGGCAGGGGAAUGUGGCUCUGGAUGUGGCUCGCAUCCUCCUGACCCCACCUGAGCACCUGGAGAGAACGGACAUCACGAAGGCAGCUCUGGGAGUGCUGAGGCAGAGUCAGGUGAAGACGGUGUGGAUAGUGGGCCGGCGUGGACCCCUGCAAGUGGCCUUCACCAUUAAGGAGCUUCGGGAGAUGAUUCAGUUGCCAGGAACCCGGCCCAUUUUGGAUCCUGAAGAUUUCCUGGGCCUCCAGGACAGAAUCAAGGAGAUCCCCCGCCCAAGGAAGCGGCUGACAGAACUGCUUCUUCAAACGGCCACAGAGAAGCCAAGGGUGGAGGAGGCUGCCCACCUGGCGUCGGCCUCCCGUGCCUGGGGCCUCCGCUUUUUCCGAAGCCCCCUGCAGGUGCUGCCCUCACCGGAUGGGCGGCGGGUAGCAGGCAUCCGCCUAGCAGUCACCAGACUGGAGGCUGUCGGUGAGGCCAUCCGGGCAGUGCCCACGGGAGACAUGGAGGACCUCCCUUGUGGGCUGGUGCUGAGCAGCAUUGGGUACAAGAGCCGCCCUAUCGACCCCAGUGUGCCCUUUGACCUCAAACUUGGGGUCAUCCCCAAUAUGGAGGGCCGGGUUGUGGAUGUGCCAGGCCUCUACUGCAGCGGCUGGGUGAAGACGGGACCCACAGGUGUCAUAGGCACAACUAUGAAUGACAGCUUCCUCACUGGCCAGAUGCUGCUGCAGGACCUGAAGGCCGGGCUGCUGCCCUCUGGCCCCAGGCCUGGCUCUGCAGCCAUCCAGGCCCUGCUCAGCAGCCGAGGGGUCCAGCCAGUCUCUUUCUCAGACUGGGAGAAGCUGGAUGCGAAAGAGGUGGCCCGGGGCCAGGCCUCUGGGAAGCCCCGGGAGAAGCUGGUGGACCCGCAGGAGAUGCUGCAGCUGCUGGGGCACUGAGCCCAGAUCCCAGCCCCUGGCAGGGAAGGGGCAGGCAGAGGGCCCCGGUCAGUCGAGUGGGACUCUGCAUGCCAGCUGCAUCACUGCCUGCCCUGGCUCACAGGCCUGGCUGCAUCUCUUCCAGGGGCCUCUUGAGUACUUCGUCUUACAAAAAGGUUGCCUUACCAGUGUAGGUUUAGCUUUCAGCAAGGAGGUGAUCAUAGUUAGGGUGGGUGGAGGUUCCGGUUACUCCCUCCCACCUCUCCUGCUGGACUGUGGAGGGUCACCAGAUGCUGGAAAUAAAACAG